ACGGUGCAGAUAACUUGACGCGCUUGUGCGUGUUUUCGCUCACACGCUGCACGGCGAGUGAUGGGAGCGCACCUUCUUUUUUUUUUUUUUUUUUAACAACCUGUACACAAGUUCAUCCACGCUAGGCUUCCGUGGAUGUUUCUGAGGGACUUUUUAAAGUGUAAAAAGUAAAGGUGCGCUUUUGCCAGGAUGCCCACCACCUGGAAUGCAUUAACCUGCGUCUAUGGAAUAUAGCCCGGUGUUCCACGCUCUCCAUGUCGUGCCAUCAUCCCACUUGAAGAACAAAGUGUUUAUUUUCUGCAUUAUGCUCACCCUGUGGGUGUACAUGAUCUACUGUUGCGUGGGCUACAGCUCCACCGUGCCCGACCUGCAGGCGUAUUACAGCCGCGCGGAUCAGCCCCAAGUGGACCCCCGGGGCUCCUCCGUGGGGCCGUUGCGGGAUUUGCUGAAUAACGACAACGACUUGGACAGCAGAGGGGACGACUGGGAGGACGCCGGGAGGACGGAGGAUCAUUUAGAGAAUAAUCAUCUCCUCAACGUGUCGGAGGCUAAUAAACUACCGCAGGCGAUCAUCAUCGGGGUGAAGAAGGGAGGGACGCGCGCCCUGCUGGAGUUCCUGCGCCUGCACCCUGACGUGCGCGCCGCCGGAGCGGAGCCGCACUUCUUUGACAGGAACUACGACAAGGGACUGGAGUGGUACAGGGAGCUAAUGCCCAAGUCCUCCCAGGACCAGCUGACCAUGGAGAAGACCCCCAGCUACUACAUCACCAAGGAAGUCCCAGCCCGUAUUCAUGCCAUGUCUAAAGACACAAAGCUGAUAGUGGUUGUCCGGGACCCCGUCACACGAGCCAUCUCGGACUACACCCAGACCCGCUCCAAGAAACCGGACAUCCCGUCCUUUGAGAGCCUGACCUUUAAGAACACAUCGGGUGUGAUCGACGCGGCGUGGAGCGCCGUCCAAAUCGGAAUGUACGCCAAGCACCUGGAACGUUGGCUCCAGUACUUCCCUAUGGAGCAGCUGCUGUUUGUGAGCGGCGAGAGACUUAUCAGCGACCCCGCCGGCGAGGUGGCCCGGGUUCAAGACUUUCUCAGGCUCCGGAGGGUGGUCACGGAGAAGCAUUUCCACUUUAACCCAACAAAGGGCUUUCCUUGCUUAAAGCGGCCAGAGGGGAACAGUAAGCCCCACUGUCUGGGCAAAACAAAAGGCAGAACCCAUCCUAAUAUUGACCCCGAGGUGGUGCAGAGACUACGGGAGUUCUACAAGCCCUUUAACCGGAAGUUUUACCAGAUGAUUGGCCAUGACUUUGGCUGGGACUGAAAGGAAGAGCAGCAGGCUCAUGCUAGUUCCUUAUUUGUGUGUGUGUUUUUUUUUUUUUAUAUAACUAUCAUGCAGAAGACGUAGAGAGUAUAUUUGCCAGAUAUGUAAAAAGUCCAAAAGUCUAUUUUAUAAUAAUUUAUUGCUAUGAUUACUAAGCUGUGUAACUUUAGAGUAGACUCAUACUUUAAGGCAGUGGUUCUUAACCUUGUUGGAGGUACCGAACCCCACCAGUUUCAUGUGCGCAUUCACCGAACCCUUCUUUAGUGAAAAAUAAAAUGUGGUAACACUUUAGUAUGGGGAACAUAUUCACCAUUAAUUAGUUGCUUAUUAACAUGCAAAUUAGUAACGUAUUGGCUCUUUUAAUCAGUCAUUAUUAAAUACUUAUUAAUGCAUUAUUCUGCAUGGCCUUAUUAUACAACCAGUAAGCCAUUAACUAAGGCUUAUCCAGGGUAAAUCAAACCUAACCUUAUCCGUGUCCACACACACUAAUGCCACCGUUUAAGACCCCCUACCCCCUCCGUCCGCCAGCGCAACGCGACCUAAUAAGCAUGCGCGAAAAAUGUGCACGUCAUAGUCACCUCCAGUGUUGCUUUGUGUGCAAGUUCUUAUAUGUAACUUAUCUGAACAAUAUCCAGUGUUGUGGUAUUGCAAUUACCUGGAAUCCAGUGGGCUGUGGGGCCCUAUUGUAGUGAAUCACACCUGAACCAUAAUAAAUUAAUCUAAUCUUUAUUAGACACUUAAACAAUGUGAUAAAGAACAUUUUACAACAAUCAAACUAGGGAUCUAAAUAUCUGGUCAGGACACUCCUCACUCUUUUGCCUUCACCUUCAUUGGCCAUUCGUUUUUGUUGACUUCAUAUACUCUGGACCUAGACGUCGAGUCCGCGACAUACAUGGCAGACAAAAACUGAUACAGUCUGCUUUGCCAGUCCAAAAGCAUUCGCCGUUUUCCGUAGUUAAUUUUCCCUCGACGGCCAGGUAAUACAAAGCACACGCUACCUUUUUUAUCACAUCCACGGGAGCCCGCAUUCUCGUUGUCUCUUCUUCGACAAAUGGACAAAGUUUUUCGUGCAUUCGAAAGUUCUCCAGCCGUCUGAGAAGUGUUGUAUCCCAAAUAGCUGCAAUCGCUUUCUCUUAAGGUAUUCAUGUGUGAUUUCCACAAGCGUCUGUACAUGUAGAAGAAGGAGAAACACGGGCAUGUCUGGUUGACUCGCCUUCAUAUUUCCAGCGGUUAGCUCCGAGCUACGAAACCGCUUUAUUAUGAAGCUGGCUAAGGCGUGUUCUUUCUGACGUCACUUCCUGUGUGGGUGUGUUCUUUCUGGCGUCACUUCCUCUCCGAACUCAGUUUGUAAACGUUCUAUGAGUCCAUACAAAGCUAAGAGCUGGAGAUUCAAGAAAUACACGGCGCACUUACCCUCAAACGAUGGUUUAGUGUGGCUGAAACGGGGCUUAGGCUAAAUAAUUAUUUGUUUAAGGGGUUAAACGACUUAGUGUAGACAUGGCCUAAGAGUCUUCCCUCAAUAACCUCAGAAUUAUUGCUUAUUAUUACUAAGUAAGGAAGUUGUUGUAUAUGAUUAUCCCUUUAAUACCACUUAUUGAAUGUGGUCUGUUCUUACAUAACAAAACUACAAUAACCCUAACUCUUAAGUCUUUGUUACUUACAAUUAGAGGUAUCUGAUAAUAUCAGACUGCCGAUAUUAUCGGCCGAUAAAUGCUUUAAAAUGUAAUAUCGGAAAUUAUCGGUAUCGGUUUCAAAAAGUAAAAUGUAGGACUUUUUAAAACGCCGCAGUGUACACGUACGUAGGGCCGCGGUGGGUGCUGGAGCCAAUAUAAUUCAUGUUUUCAGUUAUUUCACCUUUUUUUGUAAAGAGUACAUAACUCCACAUGUGUUCUUUCAUAGUUUUGAUGCAUUCAGUGACAAUCUACAAUAUAAAUAGUCAUGAAAAUAAAGAAAACGCAUUGAAUGAGAAGGUGUGUCCAAAUGUUUGGCCUGUACUGUGUAUUCCCAUUUACAAAAACAAUAAACCUUAAAGGCCCAGUCACGUAACAUCUAUGGCUUUUCACACACAUCAGUGAAUGCAAGGCAUACUUGGUCAACAGCCAUACAGGUCACACUGAGGGUAGCCAUGUAAACAAAUUUAACACUGUUACAAAUAUGCGCCACACUGUGAACCCACACCAAACAAGAAUGACAAACACAUUUCGGGAGAACAUCCGCACUGUAACACAACAUAAACACAACAGAACAAAUACCCAGAAGCCCUUGCAGCACUAACUCUUCCGGGAUGCUACAAUAUACACCCCCCGCUACCUCCUACCGCCCCCUCAACCCCCCCAACCUCCUCAUGCUCUCUCAGGGAGAGCAUGUCCCAAAUUCCAAGCUGCUGUUUUGAGGCAUGUUAAAAACAAAUAAUGCACUUUGUGACUUCAAUAAUAAAUAUGGCAGUGCCAUGUUGGCAUUUUUUUUCCAUAACUUGAGUUGAUUUAUUUUGGAAAACCUUGUUACGUUGUUUAAUGCAUCCAGCGGGGCAUCACAACAAAAUUAGGCAUAAUAAUGUGUUAAUUCCACGACUGUAUAUAUCGGUAUCGGUUGAUAUCGGUAUCGGUAAUUAAGAGUUGGAAAAUAUCGGAAUAUCGGCAAAAAAGCCAUUAUCGGUAACCUCUACUUACAAUAUGUUCCCCUAGUGUCCAAAUAACAAAUUAAGUCUUUUUUACUUAGAAUAUGUUCCCCAUACUAAAGUGUUACCUAAAAGUUAGAUGUUUUUUUUUACUGGUGCACAAAAUGAACCAUGCAUGAACAUCACCUUCUUAACAGAACAAAACCAACACAGUGCAUGAACUCACAACAAAUUACACACCCGCAAAUCGGUGUGACUUCUGCUGUUGCCGUGUGCAUAAUACGUCGAUAGGGAGAAGUUUGGUAACACUUUAGUAUGGGGAACAUAUUCUAAGUAACAAAGACUUAAUUUAGAGUUAUUUGGACACUAGGGGGACAUAUAAGGGUUAGGGUUACUAAUAAGCAAUAAUUCUGAGGUUAUUGAGGGAAGACUCUUAGUUAAUGGCUUACUGGUUGUAUAAUAAGGCCAUGCAGAAUAAGGCAUUAAUAAGUACUUAAUCAUGACUAAUUAAGAGCCAAUAUGUUACUAAUUUGUUAAUAAGCAACUAAUUAAUGGUGAAUAUGUUCCCCAUACUAAAGUGUUACCAGAAGUUUUUAUUUACACGAUGAGUCGGGGUGUGUCUUGACUUCCACGCCGGAGGCUCCACCGAACCCCUAGGGUUCGAUCGAACCCAGGUUAAGAACCACUGCUUUAAGGUUAUAAAGAUUCUCCUCAAAGCACAAUGUAAUACGGGUAUUUUAAGCUAGCUCUUUUAAUUUAGUUUUUGUUUUCCUUUUCCUUUCUUAAAAGCUGCUUCGGCGUCCCUCACCUCAACCUGACUACGAGAUCCAACGAGUAAUAUCCCCUUAACAUUUGCUUGACCCUCCGCGGUCUUUGGACUCACUUAGUAAGGUCGAUGCGGGCCUCCGAUGAUCCGGUGUCACUCGGCCAGGUUGAUCGAUGCGGCAAUAGCUCCUCAUCACGUCAAUUAGGCCCGACGGAUGGGCGCAGCCAGGAUCGCUGAAGCGCUGCAAUAAAACACGGAUCCAUUAAUGCUCGCGAGGUUAUCGCUGACCUUUAAGUCCAAUUCAGUUCAAUGUAAUUUAAAAUGUCCUCUGCAAAUUUUGUCGGAGAACAUUUCGACAACUGGUGUCCGGGAGAAUUUUAAGGGGUUGGAUUCCACCUGUUUUCCAAAGAUGCAUGUUUGAAGCUCUUUCUGUUUGAAGAGAUGCUGUUUUUUUUCAUGAAUAGUUCUGUAUAAGUGACACCCGAUGUGACCACGAUAUCCUAUGAUAAUUCAACUGAUAAUGAAAAGAUAUGGAAAAAAAACCCACACGUUUUAAUUUCUUCUAGUCAGACCAUAGAAUUUUGGUUAGAUGGAUGGAUUAUUUUACUUUGACAUGUUUCAACUGUCAACAUGGAAACAAAUCUACUCCCAAGUGGGCUGUACUGGUAAAAUCACGGCACGAUAACUUAAAAAUAAAGACAACUUCAGAUUGUUUUCUUUGUUUGAAAAUAGGAUUAAGCAAAUUCGGAAAUUGUGCAAAAAUAAUGUUGUUGUUUUUUUUGUUUUUCUUUACAACUACCUGUUGCGGUUAAAAGUAUAUGUACUUUAUUUGUCGUUAUUUAUAUUUUCUGAAUAAAUUAUGUGAUAAUGCUCAUCAGUCAACUCAUUGGUGUCAAUUUUCAAUCUAUGAAGAUAAAAAAAUAAUAUCAAAAUCAAAUUACAGGAUGUUAUGUAGUUUGAUAAUUGUCCUCGACUGAUGCACUAAUAACAUCAUGUGGUUUAUUUUUUACAUAUGUAGCAUCAUCUACAAAGAUACAAAGAAUUGUGACGCGUCGCCUGUAUCAGCCGUAUUCAUAGGCGCUUGAUGGAGAUCGGAGGAGGGUAUGAGAGCGCAUUGAUGCUACCUCGUCGCAAUUGAUGAUGUCCUUAGGGGCCUUUCUUAUUUCCCUGUAACAGGGGUCGGCAACCCAAAACGUUGAAAGAGCCAUAUUGGACCACAAAUACAAAAAACUAAUCUGUCUGGAGAUGCAAACAAUUAAAAGCCCUAUAUAAGUCUUAUUAUGAAGGCAACACAUGACGUAAGUGUCUAUAUUAGCUAUAAUAGCCUACUAUCAAAAUGACUAUGUGUCGCAGACUGAAGCAAAUCUUCGUUGACAGAAAUGUUGACAUUUCAUAUUUAUUCUACACAUUUUUACAACAUUAGAAACCAUUAGUAAAUCAGAGGCUGCUUAGAAGGUGAGAUAACUCCUGGAAAUGACUGGCUUUUAAUGGCCAAAUGUAUAGAUGUGUGUGUCCAAGGUAAAGGAAACGGCAGGCUGUCUUCUUCUAAUAGAUUUAUUACAAUAUUUGGCAAGCUAGGUAAUGUUUGCUGUGGUCUGGAACAGCAUGGCACACAAAUAACUGAAACAUCUGAAAUGCAGCCAAUAUUACAUACAGAUAAUGUGUCAUGAGACACGCAAAACUAAAUUAUAUACAAAGAGGAUACAAGUAAGGGGUAUUAGAUGAGCUCAAAUAUACCUACAAAUGAGGCAUAAUGAUGCAAUAUGUACAUACAGCUAGCCUAAAUAGCAUGUUAGCAUUGAUUAACUUCCAGUCAUGCACUGACCAAAUAUGACUGAUUAGCACUCCAACAAGUCAAUUACAUCAACAAAGCUCACCUUUGUGCAUUCACGCACAGCAUAAAAAGUUUGGUUGACAAAAUGAGACAAAGAAGGAGUGGAAGAUUUUACAUGUAAACAAACUGUCUAUGGGGAGUUCAAGAACCGCCAAAAUUAGUAGGACAAAACGAUGUUCACCAAACACUCAUCAGUGAAGCUUGUGCAGCCCUUUGAGACACUUGUGAUUUAGGGCUAUAUAAAUAAACAUUGAUUGAUUGAUUGACAUAUUAAACAGUGGGCUUUCUAACAAUUGAGAAGGUUUGUGUCAUGUUAGUCCUCAAACAAAAAACAUACUAAAACAAAUAUUUCCCCCCCAUCUUUUUCCAUUUUCAAUCCUUUUUUAAAAAUGCUCCAGGGAGCCACUAGGGCGGCACUAAAGAGCCGCGGGUUGCUGACCCCCGCCGUUCAAGAACAGCUGAUCAGUGACAGUGGCCGGACGACCCUUCUGAUCUGCGGAUAAUGGUCGAAACAUGUCAGGGUAAAAUAUUCCAUUUAUUGUACCAACAUGGUAAAUAAAUGGUAAAUGGGUUAUACUUGUAUAGUUUUCUACCUUUAAGGUACUCAAAGCGCUUUGACACUAUUUCCACAUUCACCCAUUCAUGCAAGGCCCUAACCACGACCCAUCAGGAGCAAGGGUGAAGUGUCUCGCUCAAGGACACAACGGACGUGACGAGGUUGGUAAAAGGUGGGGAUCGAACCAGGAACCCUCAGGUUUGCUGGCACGGCCACUCUCCCAACCGCGCCACGCCGUCCCCAAAUCUUGUCUGACUACAAGAAACUAAACGGUAUAUUGACAAGAAGAAAACAAAAAAGACACACUUUACAGUGGGAGAUUUCGGUGUCAUGUAUGGUUCAGUUUUAUUCAACAUUGUAACAAUAAAUGCCAUUCCCUGUUAUAGAAACACUAUGUUGCUGUUUGCAUCCUUGAAAUAUUAAAAUGAAGCAGGUUGGACUGAGGUAUUCCAUUAAAUGGUGUGAUUAUUUUUUUUAUUGAAGUAAUAAAUAUGUUUUACAAGUAGUACCUCUGUGUGAAAC